UGACAUCGCACUGUUGAUUGUUUUGAAAAAAAUUUCUUAUCACUUUUUCGGGGUUUUACUUCGAUCCAUUACUUCAUUCUGAGAUCACGAAUUUCUUAUCACUAUUUGCUAUCGCUAGAAACGUGGAAGUUCGCUAGACUGAUAACAUAACAAAAGAAGAGUACGCAGGCGGCUAAGCCGUGAACAUUCAUUCAGUUCAGUAAAAUCAGUACGUGUUCGACGAGAAGAUGGUUCCUCCGGUGAAAAGGAAUAAUAAAUGGCCCAAAUAAAACUUGAACCGCUGGAAAUCGACGACCACAAUAGUGCAGUUGGCGCUACAUCGGCAUCGAUUAUUAAGACUGGUUUCGGUAAUUCCCAGCUACUGAUGAUGGAAAGUUCCACCAGUUCAUCUUGCGUCAUGGGUCAGCAAGAUUUGAUGAUUGAUAACGCGAAGCAGCAAACUGAUGAAACGAACCAACCUGACAAGGAUCAGACAGCACAACCGCACGAGGACGAUGUUAAGUUGGCCAUAAUGAAUACGGAGGACCCAUUACUGCAGGAAACAAUAAAUGCGCUGAUGAAUGGAACUGGCGGAAUCGAAGCUGUUGGUGCGACGGGCGUUCCGAAUGAAAUCGAAAGCGAACGCAAUUAUGAAUGUAACUUUUGCGGAAAACUGUUUACUCGUUCGAAUACUCUUUCUUAUCACUUGAAAGUUCACAAUGACGAAAAACCGUUCAAAUGUGGAAACUGUGACAAAGCGUUCCGUGAGCAGUACCGGUUAACCAAGCAUCAGCGAACUCAUGCAAAAGAUCACCAGGAUCAAGAAAUGGAACAUUCGCAGGAUUCUAGCUUCCAAUCUAAAACUGGCGAGGACGAAGAUUAUGCGACCGGCGACAGUGAGCGAUUUUUCCAGGGUUAUGAACUUCAGGAAGGUACCGCCGUCAUGAAACUGGAACCCGAUAUUUCCCUAACCGUAGAUGGAAGCACGACGAAUCCAGCGACUCAAGCACCGUCAGAAAACGAUGUCCGUUAUCAGAUAAUUGAAGAACGCAUCAAAUCUCUGCAGCGGGAGGUGCAUCUUGUCAAUCAGAACCUAAACCGAGUGGAAACGAAAUUGGAUGGACUUACCAAAAUAAUUGCAAUUUUCAUUAACAAAUUUGAUGAGGCAGAACCACAACCUAACCCGCCAAGUAGCGCUAAUACAGUAAUACCCAUUCCGAUAGUAACGGUUCCGAUUGGUAAUCUACCGACAGUUCAAACCCAAACGGUAUCAAUGGGUCAACUGCAGCAAAUUUCGCCUCCACAGCAGCAGCAGCAGCCCAUUCAAAUGAUAUCGCAUCAUCCGAAUUCGAUUGCAGCAGCAGCAGUACAGAUGCAAACGGCACCGAAAGUCGAACUUUCGCAACCAUUCGAACAUAGCUCUUCGAACGCCGCCAAUGCAAACAUCAAUACAUUUGUCAGCAACGGAAACGGUUCCCUGGUAAGUGGAAACGAUACAUUCCCCGAAAUUCCGGAACUCCCGAUACGAACGGUGAACGAUUUUCUUGACCUCAACGAUCACUGUACCGACAAUGAGCAGUUCCUGUUACAAAUGAUGAUUCGGCUCCAUCAGGAGGUGGAUAGCUCCCAGCCACAUCAGCGCAACGUGAAGAAAAUGAUGGAAUCCUUGGUAACCUACGAGGUGCUCUGUCAGUUUAGCUGGAGCGGUAAAUCCGCUAUUAAUGGGCAAUACACAAAGUAUGUCUUCGGAAAUAGCUUGGGUAUAAUCGAUCUGCUCACCAAAACCCUAAACCUAGGCAAAAGUGAUGAAGAGGCCGAAGCCAACCUGAAACCCAUUUUUACCUCCAUCCAGAGUUUCAUCAAGCACUCGCGACAGAACAUGCUCCGCGACAGCCGAAAGCGUCGGGAAUCGAAUGGGCCACUGCCUCCGGCACUGAGGUCGGGUUUCGAGUCGCAAGUAAAACAAAUCAAAGCGGAAAAAGUUGACAUGUUCAAUCAAUUCUGAUUCGAUAAAAGAACCAACCGGUGAUUUCGGUUCAUGAUUAA